AUGGCGUCCACUGUACUUGAACACUGCCUUGCCGGCGCUGCAGUCUUAUUCGCAUUCAUCGUCGUCGUUCUGGACGGCCUGGUCUACGGCCACCUACGGUCACUACACUCGCCUACUUCAACAGCAGAACUGGCUGCGGUCCUGCUAAGCACAAUCACUUGCAUCAUCUUGUUGAUGCUAAGCAUUUUCCUUCCCCGGAUGAUUCGUAAUGCCGGCCGUCAUGGCUCGGCGUGGAGCACCACUGUUCUCACCUUCGCCGGGACAUAUCUGCUCAUUAGCACCACGUGCGUCGCUGGUACAAUCGUCUCUCACAGUCUUCUCAACUCAUCUAUGAACACUCGCAUUUUGAUUGCGCGAUCCAUCUGCUGGGAUCUCUCCGUUCUCACGCAGGGCCUUUACUUUGGGUUCCUGCUGGUCACAUUCGCGCAGUGCAGCCCCUCCACCGAGCAGGGAUGGCCUCGCUCUGAGCUCCAAGAGCUCGAGGCACGCCCUGAAACUCCGCGUUCAGCAGGAACCUGCUCGCCAUCGCCAACUCUUUGUGAUGAGUCAUAUUCUGGACUCCCGCACUUUGAUACCAGACGCUCAUCACUUCGCAAAUAUCCACGUCGAUCUAGCCGGUACUCCGGAGCAACAAUCUGCGCGGACAAUGACCUUCCUUCCAAAUACGAGCCGUUUGACACCAGCCCCUCCACGGCCUCUUUACCAGCAUCCUCUCUCACAGUUGAGCAUGUACCAACGCACACACAGUCACCACAAUCGUCCAAUUCCAAUUCACGCGUCGAUAGCGCAGCUCGGCGUCCAGCGCCCGCUCUCUCUCUACGAACCUCGAGCUUCAGGAGCUCUUCCAGCCUCCGCCGCAAAAUAAACAUCAACACUCCACCUAAUAUUCAUGUCUCCCUUGAUACCAUCGUGAGACAAUGCUCUUCCACUCCAUCAAGCACGACCAUCGCCAAUACUUCCCCCGCAUUGGAAUCAACAUCCAAUCUCCCCGAAACAUAUGCCUUUUACUGCAGUCGAAAGCCUUUCCAAACCACCAGUUCUGUCUCUCUACCUUGCUCCCCCAUACCAUCACCGACUUUAUCCCCGAACCACAACCUGAGGAAUUCUCGGGAACGCGAGCGUGAGAACAACAUUCACCCUCUCUUUCGCUCCACGAGUCCCACGCCCAGCCCCACCCCGCUCCCGGGCAGUAUCGUGAGAGCAUCUCCUUCCGCUGGCCGAACCAUCACCCAAAAGACUUUGAUGCGGAUGCGGUCUGCGCGAGAGUUGCGUGCUUCGCGACAUGACCGGGAUUGGAACCAGAGCGCUGAUUCGGCUUCUUUGCCGGACCCCGGAACGUGGAUGGCGAUGGGUCGAGCAGGAUAUGUGAGGAGCAGUGUGACGAGAUACGAGAAGAAGGGGGACCUAACCGAGUUGACCGAGGAGAGGAGUUGA